GCCCGUGACGCUUUAGGGCAACGUGACAACGUUCUUUUGUGCGUCUACAAGUGAUCCCUUGCUGUCCCGCUCGGUAAGCACUGAGAGAACGACCGAGCUCAGCAGGAUGGCGAAAGCUUCGGCAACGGUGACAAAACUGCGGCGCAUCAAAAAGAAGGAUCCCGAUCCUAAUCCCCUCUUCACGAAAUGGCUUCAGGAGUGGAAGGAGACCGCCGUCGCCAGCAACAGCAAACUUCAGCAUGUCUACGGCAAGGCAUUAAAGUCACUCAAAAAAUACCCCCUGGUGCUGAAGAGCGGCAAAGAGGCAAAGAUCUUGGAGUACUUUGGCGACAAGCUGUGCAACAUGCUCGACAAAAAGCUGGAAGAGCAUUGGCGGGAGAACCCCGACUGGUGCCCACCCUCUGACUCCGCGGCACCGACGGUGUUGGACUCGACGGACGAGGAUGACUCACCGGCGUCGGCUAGCCAGUACGACGCGACGACCUCUAGCAGUGGAGGACAGGCCCCCGCGGGCAAAGUGAAACGAAAGAAAGCGGACGACGCGGGUCCGACCGCUAAGAAAAGGGGACCGCGGAAGUACAUUCCGCUGCCGCGCAGUGGAGCCCACGCCAUACUCGUGGUCCUGGGUCAGAGGAGGCUGCAGCUCAAGGCCACCUGGGCGGGUGCCAGCAGUCAUGACUGGAUGAGCAAAUCAGACCUCAUCGUUGCAGCACAGCCUCUCUGCGACGCAUCCUUCACGCAGCCCCUUCCAGAUACCCACUACACAGCUUGGAGCAGCAUGGCAACCUUGAUCAAGAAGGGGCUCGUGACGAAGCAAGGUUGUCCGGCAAGGUUCAGCCUAACAGACGAAGGCGAGGAGCUGGCCUGCCGGCUGAUAUCGCCGGGAACGCCACCCGGAUCGGCGGCUUCGCACGUCCUGAACGGCGACGGCAUCUUCACGUCGUCUUUAUCGGACGAAGAUGCAUCGAACGGCUUCCCGGUUGUGACGUUACCGCCCCCUCCGCCCCUGGAUUCCCUGCGCAUCGUUUUACUCGUCGACUGCAGCGAAACCACGGCUGUUUCGCAGGAACGCUUCUUGCGUGAGCUGCGGGCAUUGGACAUCCUGCACGAGGUUCGGAGGCUCAACGUGGGCGACUUCGUUUGGGUGUGCCGGUCGGAGGGUGGCAUACAUGGUCGGCGCGAGUGGGUCCUCGGCCCCCUGGUGGAAAGAAAGCGAACUGACGACCUAGCAAAGAGCAUCGUGGACGGCCGAUUUCACGAGCAGAAGGUGCGACUCGGUGCAUCGGGCAUCAAGCCAGUGGUCUACCUCAUCGAGGAAACGGGCGGGAAGUCCACUUCCUGCAUCUCCGACGCCGCCUUGGAGCAGGGCAUUCUAAACACGCAGGUGUCGAACGGUUUCCUGAUCAAGUGGACGCGAGACCCCAGAGACACCGCCUGCUUCCUGGGCAUCACCACGUGCCACCUGCAGACCAAGAAAGCUGCAGCAACGUCAUCUGCCGAGUUCCUUGAGGGGAAGCCUACCUGGGAGGACUUCAAUGCAGGAGGAGUGAAGAGCCGGGGCCUUCAAGUACGUGAAAUGUUGGCCCUAAACCUCCUCCAAGUCAAGGGUCUUUCACUCGACAAGGUGAUGCCUCUGGUGGAAAGGUACCCAACGCCUAUAAGGUUGUUUGAAGCAUUCGAGAGAGCUGCCUCCGACCCUCGUGGUAGGUCCGCUUUCCUGAAGGACUGUGGGAUUCCUGGCAAAGCCUUGCACGACAAGUUGUGGACGCUGUAUGGAAGUUCUGAACCGUUGCAGUGAAAGAAGGAAUCGGG